ACCUUAUUCCAAAAGCCUAUUCCUUCUGUUCCUCCAGUUUUACUAGCUAUAAUUAUGUUUGACAAACUCAAGCUCAAGUCUGCGGGGCGCAACCUCGUGCCUGCAGCUGCUCCCGUGGCUGCGGACGAGACGCCUGGUCACCGUGCCAUCUACCAGAACCGGCGCAACUUCGGGGUGAAUCUCGGCUCCUGCUUUGUGUUGGAAAAGUACAUGUUUGGAGAUCUCUUUAUCGACGACUCCAAGGCCGAACUUGACUGCGUGGAGAGACAAGUCAAGGAGAACGGGGUUGACCAGACACGCGAGGCCCUCGAGGAGCACUGGAAAUCGUUCAUGACCGACGAUGACUGGAACUACUUAAGAGACAAGCGGGUUAACUCUGUGAGAUUACCGGUUGGGUAUUGGGAGCUUGGGCGGGACUUUAGCAAGGGAACCCCGUUUGAGAAAGUUGCCGCGGUGUAUACCAACGCCUGGGCGAUUAUCAAGUCGCUUAUUGAAGCAGCUGCCAAAUACGACAUUUCCGUGUUGAUUGACUUGCACGCGCUUCCGGGUGGGGCAAACAAGGGUGACCACUCAGGCCAGAUCUUGCGCACGCCUGGUUUCUGGAGCUCCUCCACCUACAAAACCGUCGCCGUGGAGUGUUGUGGGUUUCUCGCCAAGGAGACAAAGAAGUACGACCAUAUAUCCGGGAUCCAGAUUGUCAACGAAGCGGAAUAUAGUCACGACGGAAAGGAUCAGAAGUUGUACUAUGCCGCAGCCAUCAACGCCAUUAGGACCGUGAAUGCGGAUGUUCCCAUUGUCAUUUCGGACGGCUGGUCACCACAGCCAUGGGCAGAGUGGCUCCAUGAUAUGGGAUCGCCACUAGGUGUGGUGCUUGACUGCCAUGUUUAUCGCUGUUUUUCCGAUGAGGACAAGAAAAAAACGCCUGAACAGAUCACUGCUGACCUCGAGCGCGACUGUUUGACGCUUGAGACCAAGGCUGACAUUGUUGUGGGCGAGUACUCCUGUGUGAUUGACGGGCAGUCCUGGGACCGUACUCAGGGCAACAGAGAAGAGCUUUGCCACAGCUACGGGAAUCAGCAGCACCGCUGGUUUCAGGAGAGGGCUGAUGUGGGAUCCUACUUCUGGUCCUACAAGUUCCAGUACGGCGACGGCGGUGAGUGGGGCUUCCGGCCGAUGGUCGAGCGCGGGUGCUUGCCACAGCCAGGCGAGGCAAAACUUCCGUCGGAUGACGAUUUUGGCCGCACCUUGGACCAGCACUAUGGUGAUCACCGUGAGUACUGGGAUAAGCAGAAUAGCAAAGAAAAGUACGAGCACGAGAGGUAUAAGGCGGGGUUCACUACCGCGUGGAACGACGCGCUCGCAUUCGCUCAAUUCAACUCGUCACGGCUCGGCCGCGUCGUCGCCUGGAUGCAAUUUCGCAGGAUCCAGCACGUACACGCCAGUGGCGAUGGAAAAUUCGUCUGGGAGUGGGAACAGGGCUUCGAGCAAGGCUUAAAGGCCUUCAACGAAGCUGCCUUUUAGCAGAAGCUACGGUUAGACCUAUUUUAUCUAUCAUCUUAUUUUAUACCAAGCAGAUGAAUUCUCCGAGUAGCUCGUAUAAAUCGCUUGUACAUGGCCCGCAUUGUGUCUGGUGUUAAGCUAUUCCAUUCUAUAUUUGUAUUUUACAAGCUUGGAUUGACGAAUCGACAAAUAUCUUGUGACAAAAUAUAUUUCAUUCGUUUCAAGCCUCACUAUUUUCAAGUUCAAGAUAAGCUCUUACCCUUUUAGGUGUCAGAUGACCCGAGUAUAAA